AUGCUUCGAAGGAAUAAAUUUAUAAAAUUUGAAAUCCCAUGGCUAUUGCUAGUAAUAUGGGUGAAUUUUACUCUAACCUCAUAUUCUCAAGAAGUUAUCUGCACAUCAGGAGAAUGUGCAACAACUCCAUUACCUGUAUGUCCUCUAAACGGAAUUUAUUCAAUUCAAGAGAAGGGAUGUGUAAUAACAGAACCAAUUAUUAAAAGUUGUCCUCCAGAGUAUAAACCUACAGGUGUUACACAAUGUAGCAGAAAUAUUCAUACCGAGAAAAUUAUAACAUGUCCAACAGGUACAACAUAUAUGAAAUAUAAACAAAAACAAGGAUGCUAUUUUGAAAUAGAAGAAACUCCAGAAUGUGAAUUUGGAUUUAUGGAUGAUGGUGAGGGAGGUUGUUAUGCCCUGAAAGAUGCUCAAAUAUAUUGUGAUAAUGAUAGUGUGGAAGAAUUAGAUGGAUGUUAUAAACAUAUAAAUCAUAAUAAACAAUAUAACUGCUACAAAAUUCCCGAUAAAUUUCAAUUAAUGCAUUCUCAUAAUAAGCUUACCUUUGUAUCAUCAACAGCAUUUUUAGAUGGAGACCCAAAUUAUAAAGAUGAUGGGUCUCCAGCUCCAGUUUGCAAAAUUAAAGUAUUUCAUACUCCAAAGUGUCCUCCUGAAGCAUAUGAAACAUCGAAUGGAGAAUGUAUACUCAAAGUAAAACCUGAAGUUUCUUGUCCUCAAGAUUAUACAUUACGAGGUCUUACUGAUAUUUAUAUAGAACACCAUGCAAGCAAUAUACCAUUAAAUCAACAUCAUGAAUUAACAUGUGAAAAGAUUGAAUCAAUAGAUGCUAUAAGUGAAUGCCCACCUCAAAUGAUUAAAAAAAGUGACAAUAUGGGGGUUGAAGUCUGUAUUUUGUACAAAGAAGAGAUACCUCAAAUUUGUCCAAAUAGCUAUACUUUCAUUCCUAGCCAAAAAUUAUGUAUAAAACGCUAUACUUCAAAUUCAAAAUGUGAUCAUCCAUAUAUAUAUAAAAAUGGUCAUUGCCAUUUACCAGAAAUCCCAAGAUUAGAUAUUAGACCUGAUGUAUAUUGCACUGAUCCAGAUGCAGUUAUAGUGAGGUCAUAUUGUGUAAAGAGUAAAAGUGAAGAUCCAAUUCUAAAUUGUCCACCAAAUUACAAUUUACAAGAUUCCACCAAAGAUUGUAUUCAUGAAACUAUUUUAGAACCUAUUAAGACAUGUCCACCAAGAUAUUCAAUAAAUAAACUAGAAAAUAUAUGUGAAAGAAAAAUUAAGCAAGAUUGUUCAAAGACAGAAUAUAUCAAGCAGUGUAGCACAUUUAGAAAUGAAAUUCAACAAUUUGACACAUCUAUAAAUUUAGAAGGAAGAUAUUAUGGUAACUAUAACCAUCGUGGUCAUCAUAACCACCAUGGUCAUCAUCAUGAAAACCAUCAUGUCAACCAUUUAGAAAUUGACCCAGAACGAAUUAUUCAUCAAUGUACAGAAACUCCAAAAUAUAUCGAGAAAUUAUGUACCUCUACUGAAACUACACCUAUUAUAUAUAUCUGUCCAGAUGGAAAAAGAUCAUCAGUAAAAAUAGAAUGCAAAGUUUCUCAGACAACUUCACCAAUACUUUCUUGUCCUAAAGGUUAUAACCUAGUUGGAUCAAAGUGUGAAAUGCGAGAAAUUAGUUCUAUACAGUAUUCUUGUCCAGCAUAUUACUCUCUUUCUACAAAUAAAGAAAAAUUACCUUAUUGUAUCCCUAAUAAGAAUGAAGAAAAUGAGAUAUCAAUAAAGGAAGCUUUACAUGAGUGUCCAUAUGGAGGAAUUUUAACAAUAAAUGAAUCCAAACAAUAUGAAUGUGUGUUAACUAAGCAACCUCGUUGUAAUACAUCAAAUUGCAAAACUAUUUUGAAAAGAUUAUCUCCUCAAUGGAAAUGUCCAAAUGGCUAUGAAUUGGAUAAUUCAUCCUUAAAUUCUCAUUCAUUAUCAUUACAAUAUCAUCAUACCCAUAGUUCCCAUGACUUUCAUGAAACAAUUAUUCAAAUAACUCCAAAAUGUAUUUCUAAAACAAAAGUUCCAGUUAUUAAGCAAUGUGCAAACCCUAUGGCAGAAUUUCAAAAUGGAAUGUGCAUAGAAAAUGUAGAAAUGGAAUGUCCAAUAGGAGGAUGUGAAGCAUUUUUAGAAUUUGCACCUGAACUGGAGUGUAAAAAGGGUUCUGAAUCACUUGGACCUCAUAAUGCAGAUUUAUGUAGGGAAAUUGUCCAUUCACCUUUUUUGUAUAGGUGUGAUACUGGUGGUAAAUUAACACAAUAUAAUAAAUGUACAUAUACUAGAGAAAAAACUUGCAAACAUGAAAAUUGUAAAGAGUAUAAUCAAGUUGAAGGAAGCUAUCAGUGUCCACCAGGAUAUUCUGAGGUUAGAUACAUCUCAACUGCUUUACCAAAUGUCCUUGAAUUGACCAAUACAGGCAAUACUAAUACUGGAAUUCCUAGAAAACUUAUGGGACCAGUAAGACCUAUAUCUAAUAUGGGUCAGUGUACAGCUCUAGAAUUUACACCAUAUACAUUAAGCUGUCCUAAUGGUUAUACUGAGGCAGAAGGGAAAUGUAUAGGUGUUGUGGAUCCUACUUAUCAAUGUCCUAAAGGAACAUAUAUGAGAAAAGAUGGAUAUUGUGUUAAAGUUCAUAAUAACACUCGCAAAAGUAGAGACUCAAAAGAUGUAAUAAGAGAAAUGUAA